AUGGCCCCCACGACUCCCUCUCCCCAAGGCAAGAAGACCGUCUCAUCAGCCAGCAAGGACGCCAAAACCGCCGCCUCUCCCAAGGCGGCCAAGUCGGAGGGAGGCAGCCCCAUCGCCAGGAACGGCGAGGGUAGCAGCCGCGCUUGGACAGCAGAGGAGGAUGCCGUCUUUUAUCAAGCCAUGAUGCGGAUCUACAAGCCCAAUUGGCCCGAGAUCAUGUCUGCCCUAAACUCGGUUGCAGAGGAGCGCGGCGAGCCUGCUCGUACCAACAAGUCGGCUCAGCUGCGUUAUGAGCGCGCCAUCAAGAGGCUGAUCGCCUUGCCUGUACUCUCGGCGUCGGCCUUGCCUGUACUCUCGUCGACGCCUUGGCCCGCAGAGCAUUGGAUGGACAAAGCCAAUGCGGUACGCAAGAUCGGGUGA